AAAGGCCGAGUAAUAGCAAAAUUCAAAUUUUGAACCCGACUGGUUUCCUGUUUUAAGUCAAAGUGUACGCUGAGCACAAACCUGAUAUCGAUAACGUACCAGAUUGCAAUUGACCGCCAUCAUCAGAUCAGAGAAAAUAAUAUCAACACAAAUAAUAACGCAAUAAAUAUGGAGUUUCUAGUUAUUUAUUUUGCCUUUGACAAUGCAUUUGAAGCAGUCAAUAUGUCAAAGGUAGAAUGUGAUAAAACAGAGGCGGAAAUGGUGAAGGGAACUAAAUGCCAGGUACCUUUCGAGACCGAAAGCAUCAGUGAGGAUGGCAAAGACACUGUGGAGACAAAACUUUAUGAUGGCAUUAUUCUCUGUUCUGGACAAGUUCUUGGAAUAACCAAAGAGGAAGCAGCCACAACCAGCAUGGUAUUGGGAAGGUUGUCAAAAAUACUAGGUGGUCAUGAUUUUAUUAGUUCAAAUAAUACUCCAUUUAAACCACCCAGCAUGCCUAGUAUCUUUAACAAUGAUCCUGAUGAAAUUAAUGAACCCGAUGUCAGUAGCAUUAUCAACACAGAGAAUGAUUCAAUAGUGGACAUGAGUACAGAAGAACAAGACAAUUCGCAAUCUACUUGGAGCUCAAAGGACAGCUGUAAUGUUAGUCAAAACAGUUCAAAUGCAUGUUCUGAGGCUGAAUCUUCAAACUCUAGGAUUAGAGGAUCCAAACCCGAUGACAAGCAGCUGACUGUUCUUAUAAAAGACUCCUUGGACCCUAACAAGUUCAAGGAUGUUCUAGUAGUAAAAACUGAGGAAAGACAUGCACGUUUGCAGGCCAAAUCUUCAAAGAGACCAGCCAUAGCCUUAUUGAAUGCUAUAUUGACAUGUGUUUUCACCAAAGCAGAAUUAGCUGUUUCUUCUGGACUAGGCAUCAGAAAGAUGAAAGGAGAAGUAGGUUGCCCGUUGGAUGGUACAAAAAUUGAAGCAAUACGAGAGUAUAUCAUGUACCAUUGUACGCGUGAGGGAUGGCAGCUGCCUUCUAAAGUUGAAUUUAAUACAACAAUAACCAACAAAGUUACAAACUGCAGAAGGAAACUGUUAACUCAUCCAGUGCUCAAGAAAAAAUCUUGUUGAAUUACAAUUAAUGUACAUUUGGAUAUGGACAUACACAACAAUCAACUGGAUUAUUUGCGUCAUAAUUUUUCUUUACAUAAAUUUAUACAUGUGUUGAGUGAACAUGGCUUUUAUAUACACAUGUAUUUAUAAGAUGGAAAUUUUUUAGUGUUGUCUUAAUAAUAGUGUGAUAGAAUUAUGAAUUCUAGCUAAGCUAUCCAUUCUCUUUUAAAAAAGUGGCAGGAUUCUAUUAAGUGUGUGUAUAAAAGUGAAAGAUGGGUCCUUGUACUAUUUAGCAAAGAACACAAUAACAUUUAGAUAUUUGCAUACAUGUACAUGAAUGUGCAUUAGUGGCACACAAUAUAUAUUGAAAGUAAAUACAAUGUAUAUUUGUAUAUAUGGGAUAUAGUUUAUAUGGAAAAUGUGUUUAUUGAGAAGUAUAAGUUUAAUUCUUAUUGAGGUAAGUUGCUGUAUUGCCAUGAAUAUUACUUUAUCAAGUUUCCUGCCAGCUAGCUAUCUGACUAUAAAACCCUAUUUUGAAUACAUGUAUAUAAAAAUGUAGGUUGUUAAACAUGCAUGGUGACUGGACACAUCCCCCCUUAGAAUAAAGAUCUGAUGAAAAUACUUUUUUUAUAUUGAAAGACCAUUUUUAAUUACAUAUAUAAUGGUAUAUACAUUUGUGUACUUUGUCAAACUGCUAUACAUAUAUAUUUAACAUGUUCAAUGUAACUAUUAAUUCAAUGAGCUAAAUCUUUUUCAUUAAAACAAAA